AUGGCGUCGAGGUUGAUCCUUGUCAUAGGCGACCUGUUUGUGCCUGAUCGAGCACCCGAAAUCCCGGCGAAGUUUCGGAAGCUCCUCACUCCUGGCAAGAUCGGCCAAAUCAUAUGCCUGGGCAACAUCACCGACCGCGAGACUUACGACUUUCUACGGCAGACAGCGCCCGACCUACACAUCGUGAAGGGAGACUUUGAUACAGAAGCGACGAAUCUUGCGCUCUCAAAAGUGGUCCAGCACGGAGGUCUAAGAAUUGGCUUCACCCAUGGCCAUACUAUAAUUCCACAAGGCGAUGCCGAAAGCUUGCUUAUUGCUGCGCGGCAGAUGGACGUGGAUGUCUUGCUCUGGGGCGGUACACACAAGUUCGAAGCCUAUGAAUUGGAAGGGAAAUUCUUUGUGAACCCAGGCUCGGCGACUGGUGCUUUCAGCACCUCCUGGCUUGCGGCCGAGGAAGAACCUACUCCGAGCUUUUGUCUGAUGGAUGUCCAAGGAGAUGUGCUGGUGCUAUACGUCUAUCAAUUGCGUACCGACGAAAAUGGCAACGAGAACGUCGCCGUAGAGAAAGUGUCGUUCCGAAAGCCAAUGCUUGAGGCUACUGCUGCUUGA